CGGAAAGAAGAGCGCGUCAUCAUGGCUCGAGAAGACUGGAAGCCCGGGGAUCUGAUUUUUGCCAAAAUGAAGGGAUAUCCUCACUGGCCUGCGCGAAUCGAUGAAGUUCCCGAUGGUGCAGUGAAACCAUCCAACAUCAAGUAUCCUAUUUUCUUCUUUGGCACCCACGAAACAGCAUUUCUGGGCCCAAAAGAUAUCUUUCCGUACCUGCCAAACAAAGAGAAGUACGCCAAGCCCAACAAGAGGAAAGGCUUCAACGAAGGAUUGUGGGAAAUCGAGAACAACCCAAAAGUUGAACUUACGGCGCCCAAGCCGGUUCCUCCCGACUCUUUUGUUGAAAAGGAGGCGGACAGCGGUCCAGACGGUGACGAGGCUGCGAGCAAAGACGUGAAAUCCAAAGUUCCAGGAAGUGAGGAGGAGGAGGAGGAUGAGGAGGAGGAGGAAGGGUCUCUGAUGUCUGAGCAGGGUCUUCAGAACCAGGAUAUUUUUGUCCCAAAAGAAUCGACCGAUGUUUCCAAGUCCAAGAGAGGACGGAAGAAAAAGAGUGAUGCAGACCAGGACAAUGACAAGGACGAGGCUCCAGCAAGUCCUGCGAGUCCCUCAGGUGGAGAAGGUCCUAAAAAAAGAGGCAGGAAGCCCAAAGUUGUUCUUCAGCAGGACCAGCACGGCUCCGGGAGUGAAAUAGACACGAGCGAGUCUGAUCAAAAGAGAAAGAGGGCGCCGGAGGACAAACAAAGUUCAGAAGAAGACAAGAGAAAGAAGAGAGAAGGAAGUAAAGGGAAGGACGCAGACGAGCCUGAAGCCAAGAAGAAGAAACCGUCCAGGGACGAUGGCUCCUCUGGGUCAGACGACGACGAGUCUCAGAAGAACAAAAGCAGAAAGAAAGUACACAACUCCGAGAUGGACAAAGAUGGCCGGCGCUGGAAGACCGAUGAGCCGAGAGAACCUGUCAAAGAUGAGGUGAAGAAAUCUGACGCAGCGCCCAAGAAAAAGGAAAUGCCGACAGACUUAAUUCUCCAGAAACUCCACAGUGAGAUCAAACUUUCACUGAAAAUUGACAACCCCGACAUUCAGAAGUGUUUGGACGCGUUGGAUGAGUUGGGAGCUCUGCAGGUCACAACCCAGCACCUGCAGAAACACAGUGAACUCAUCGCAACGUUAAAAAAGAUCCGGAGGUUCAAGGCCAGCCAGGAUGUCGUGGACAAGGCCACCAUGCUGUACAACAAGUUUAAAAGCAUGUUUCUUGUCGGUGAAGGGGACUGCGUGCUCAGCCAGGUGCUCAACAAGUCUUUAGCUGAACAACGGCAGCACGAGGACGCCAAGAGAGGAGCCCUGAAGAGAGCGGAGCACGUGAAGGACACCAACACAGACAAGAUGACCAACGGCUACGUGAGUCCCGAGGAGAAGAAGCAGGAGGCGGAGAAGCACGAAGACGCCUCAGCUGGAGAACAUCUCAGUGCUUCAAAGGAGUCCGCCUGAGUGUUGCGCCGGCCUGAAGAAGUGGAGAUUUGCUGCUGUAAGAAAGUGCAGUCCAGUUUUCUGAACAUUUGUCACUUUUGCUGCUGAAAGAUUUUUGUGCAUCAACCACCCACUCCACGUGUUGCUGCAUACUCUAUUUUUGUACUCGACGCCUCGUCUAGCUGCUGCGGAUGUACUGGAUUCAUGUUUGAAGUCAAAAUGUUUGCAGCGCCUCAAUGUUGACGCUCACAGGAAACGCUUCGAACCUUCUGGCUCCUUUUCCAUUUCAACUGAAAUAACAAUAUUUAGGGUCCCCUGGUUUCUUCUGGACCAAAGCGUAGCUCGACCGUA